AUGGGCCGCCACAGGGCCCUCGGUGAACCCAAGGAGCCCUGCCUUGUCCAGCUUCUGGAAGAAGGCCAACUGCUGGGCCCGGGGGAGCUUGCUGGCGUCCCCCCACUGGUACGACGACGGGUCCACCCGGCUAGUACGCAGGACCCCCGGCUCGUCGAAGGCAAGCGACAGCGGAGGCUCCAAGAAAUCCCCGAUGGACCAGUGAGCGAGAGGCCCCCCAAGGACCAGACGUUCAGGACAGAGAGGGGCGUAGGCUCCAGGGACAGGGUGAACUCGACGGGGGCCCUGAAGUCCGCACGGAUCAACAGCUCUGAGAUGAUCUGA